AUGUAUAAUUGGCCCUCUAUGCUUGCAAAUGCAGUUACUGUAACUCAUUAUACUGAUAGUAAGGCAAAGGAUGAUGAGUGGAUAGUAGAUACAGGGGAAACAAAUCACAUAACGUCAAACAGUGAAAUGAUCUCUAAGCCUAAAGAACAGUCUAAAAGUAUAGGUGAAAAAGUUCAUUUGCCAAAUGGAGAUAGCUUGGCCGUAGGAAGUUUUGAAUUAGAUCAAGGGAUUAUAUCCAAUGAAGAGGUAAAGGGGACUGAUAAGCAGAAAGGAGAUCUAUACUAUUGGCCUCACAGUGAUAGAGAUAGGGUUCAAGCCUCAGCGGCACUGUGUAUGACCAAUGAAGAAGAGCUAUGGUACAGAAGACUUGGGCAUAUUCCACAUAAGAUAUAUUUAGGAAUGCAAGUAUGGUUCAUCAAAGUUCCUGCGUCUACACCCCAGCAAAAUGGUGUGAAUGCAAUAUAUCUGAUUAAUAGAAUUCCAUCCACAACAUUAGCAGGAAAGUCACCUUUUGAAAUGUUCUAUGGUCGACCAGAUAAGCUGCAACAUGUCAGGGUUCUCGGAAGCCUAUACUAUGCUACCGCCACAGAUAGAAGUGACAAAUUUGGAGCUAGAGCAGAACCAGUAGUGCAUAUGGGAUAUUCAUCCACUAAAAAGGCUUAUAGGCUAUACAGUCUUACUAACAAUUAUUUUUUUAUAAGCAGGGAUGUAUCUUUCAAGGAAUACAACUUUCCAUUCAAAACUACAACUUCCACAGGCAGGAGGACUAAUGCUAAGCAGUUUAUUGAUACAGAUGAUGCCUUCAUCAUUGAUCCUACCUCUGAGGUCUCAAAGAUUGCUCUUGAUUCAGUAGUAGCACCUUCACCUUCUCUAGAGGCUUCCUCAGCUCCUACUUAUGAUGAUCCAUCUUCUGAAGCUCUGCCACAACCUCACCUCCUAUAG